GUUGUUAUGUGCAAGAUUUAGAAUCACAAUGGCAGCAAAUGAAUUCCAAGAGUCCAGCUACGCCAUAGAAGGGAGACACUCCUCCAAUGAAAAAGCACAAAUGUCAGAUACUCACAGCAAACGUGGUGGUUGGAUCACCUUCUCCUUCAUCACAGGGACACUGAUUGGCUUGACACUUGCUGGAGGAUGGGGAACGAACCUUGUUGUAUAUCUGAUUGAAAAAUUCCAUUUCAAGAGCAUCAUCGCUACUCAAAUAGGAAACAUUGUUAAUGGCUCCACCAGUCUACUUCCAGUCCUGGCAGCAAUCAUUGCAGACUCCAUGUUAGGCUGUUACUCUGUCAUCUGGAUUUCUUCUUCUCUCUCUUUCCUGGGCAUACUACUUUUAGCCUUGACAGCAGCGCUCAAAUCCUUGAGGCCACAAACAUGUGUAAAUGGACCAAGCUUGUGCCCAAUGCCUACCAAAAUCCAAUUUGCUGUCCUAUAUAUGGGUAUAGUUCUAGCAUCAAUUGGGCAUGGUGGUACACGCUUUACUAUAGCUGCAAUGGGAGCAAACCAAUUUGACAAUGCAAAAGAUCAAGCGAUUUUCUUUAACUGGUAUGUGGUCAUAUUGUAUGCCUCUGCCGUGUUAGGUUCAACAGUAAUCGUCUAUAUUCAGGACAGUUUUAGUUGGGCCUUGGGGUUCGGCAUAUGUGUUGUGGUUACUCUCAUAGGCUUAGCCAUUUUCCUGUUGGGAAAUCGUUACUAUCGACAUAUUAAGCCUCAAGGAAGCCCCUUUACAAGCUUAGCUCGUGUUAUUGUUGCUGCGACUAGGAAAAGAAAGAUCCCAAUUUCAUCAAAAAGUGGGGAUUACUACAGUGAGAAACUUGGGAAAGUGGAGAAGUUGGUUGCAGUGCCCACCGAAAGUUUCAGGUUCCUAAACCGCGCAGCAUUGAAAACCGAAGGAGACACCAACUCAGACAGCUCCAUUGCAAAACCAUGGAGUCUCUGCUCAGUACAACAAGUUGAGGACCUCAAAUCUUUGAUUAGAAUAUGCCCAAUACUGUCAAGUGGCAUUUUCUUGAGCACCCCUAUAGGGGUCCUAUCGAGCUUGACAGUCCUACAAGCUCUAACUGUGGAUCGCCACCUUGGACCACAUUUCAAAAUCCCAGCAGGAACCAUGGUAGUGUUUACACUAGCCUCCACAGCCAUCUCUCUCACUCUCAUCGACCGGAUCCUCUAUCCUAUUUGGCAGAAGUUGUCGCAUCAGUCUCCUACGCCUCUCCAACGGAUAGCACUUGGUCACGUGUUCAAUGCCUUGGGCAUGAUUGUGGCAGCACUUGUUGAGUCUAAGCGGCUUAAAAUAACUAAAGCACACCACCUUACAGAUGAAACAAAUUCCACCAUUCCCAUGUCAGUAUUGUGGCUGGUGCCACAGAUGGCUGUGGUAGGCAUAGGAGAAGCAUUCCAUUAUCCAGGACAGGUCACCCUCUACUACCAAGAAUUUCCAACAUCACUCCGAAGUACAUCAACUGCAAUGUGCGCAAUGAUUAUAGGAAUUGCAUACUAUUUGAGUAAUGCUGUGAUAGGUAUAACUCAGAGGACUACAGGAUGGUUACCAGAUAAUAUAAAUAAUGGAAGGCUAGACAAUGUGUAUUGGAUGUUACUUGUGGUAGGGGUUAUCAACUUUGGUUAUUAUCUAAUAUGUGCUAGGUUUUACAGAUAUCGGAAUGUGGGAAAGGAGAAUGAGAAUUAUAUCUCCGAUCGAUAAGUGAGGGUAACCGUGAGUGCAAUAACUAGCGUGCCAUAAUUAUUAUGUAUUUCUAUUGUAUCCAAGAUGGUUUUUAGGUAAAAAUCUACAUUACAAUUCUGUAAAACAAAUAAUUGGGGUUGUCAUUUUUACA